CUGAGGGGGCCGGGCGGAGCGCGGAGGGGGCCGGCCGCCAUGGCGGGCCCGCUGCUGCAGGGCUAUGGGCUGGCUGCGGCCUUGCGGAGCCGCGCUGCUCUCCGCCCGCUGGGGCUGCUCGUCCCCCCGAGCCGGGGGGUGGCCGACCUGGGGCCGGGGAACGGGGAGGCGGCGCUGGAGGAGAACCCCUUCUACGGGAAGUACCGACAUAAGAUCCAGGAGCUGCGGAGAUCCAGUCCAGAUGUGUUUGAAUCCCGUAUGGAAAAAAGAACUGAAGUGAAAAAGCAGCCUGUGGGAUACUCCAAUCAGGGAGAAUUUAUCAGAUGCAUGGAGGAAAAGGCAAAAGGCUUGGGCUCAAAGACAUCAAAGGGUGGAUUCACAAAAGACAAGACACUUGAUUCGAUUCUGAAUGUUGAGAUGGUGAAAGAAAAGUCAGCGGAGGAGAUAAAACAGAUUUGGAAUCAGUAUUUUUCUGCAAAAGACACGGUUUAUGCUGUUAUUCCUGCAGAGAAGUUUGAUUUAAUAUGGGAGAGAGCCCAGAAAUGUCCAUCGUUUCUGUAUGCUUUGCCAAGAAAAGAAGGCUACGAGUUCUUUGUGGGGCAGUGGUCAGGAACAGAAUUGCACUUCACCUCCCUGAUAAACAUUCAGACCCAAGGUGAAACUGCCCCUAGCCAGUUGGUCCUGUACCAUUUUCCUGAUCUACAGAAGGAAAAAGGAAUAGUUCUAAUGACAGCAGAAAUGGACUCCAAGUUCUUGGUGGUGCAUGAAGCGCAGUGCUUGGCGAAUCAGGUGCAGCUUUUCUAUGCAACGGAUCGUUCCGAGACCUAUGAACUAGUGGAGACCUUCAACCACAGAUCUAGUGAAUUUAAGUACAUGUCAGUUAUAGCAGAGCUUGAGCAAAGUGGGCUUGGAAGAGAACUGAGACCUGGUCAGGUUUCUGACAAGUCACAGAGCUGACCUGCAGGUGAGGUGAGCCAGCAGCAGUGAGGGUUUCCUACAUGGGGUGGUGCUGUGUCUUUUGGCUUACAGAUUUGGUUUGGAUACAGAAAGGAUCUGGAGUGUCAAGCCUGUCUGGCACUCAUGCAAGAUGAGGACUUGGGCCAUAUGAACAACCCUAAUUGCCAGAAUGGAACCCAUAACUUCAUCAGAACAAGCCAUUUCCCAUCCUCUGACUUACUGCUGCGUGCUGUGUUUUUGAAAUCUGAAGUGACAGAAGAGAAGCUCUGUAACGGACUGCACUGACAUCAGGAGAGACCCAACAACCAGUGUUCUGCUCAGUAAAUGCGUUUUAAAUGCCCUCUGCCAUUAUAAUUGCAUGGUCCAGUGCUUUUUAAUCUGUGUGGAAUUUAUACAGGCUUGUCCAUCAAGAAAAGAGAGUAGGGCUGACGGUCUAAAACAAACGCCUCUUUGUUACUUUGUGAGGUUCCUUGCACAGAUGUGUACUGUGGCCUGUGUUUUUCUCAGGAUUGAAAAAUAGAGUGACUAGA